UCAAGAAACUCUGCCCCCGUUUUCUCAACUUUCAUGGUGGCAAAGUAAAGGAAACCUACAGCUCACGGUAAGGACACGACUUUGAUAUCACUCAAUGAAUGCAUGAGGUUUGUCAAUGAUUGCUCAAAAUCUCCGUUUUAAUUUUCAUCCUUGUUUGCAUUUAACCAAGGUUAGUCCCCUUGAUUUCCUCAACACUCACUUCCCUUCCAUUUUUUUUAAUCUGUUUUAUGAUGAAAAUAUGAAUAGUAAUUCUCCAUUCCGUCGAUUUUCGACUUUGCUCAAUUCCUUAGCGAAAACUCACACCUCUGAAGAUAUUACUGUUAAAUUGGGAAGAAGAACCUGGAAACCAAUACCAAUACCCCACCGAACACUCCCUGAACCUAGAGCUCAGGAUCUUGAUUACAUAAAUGUCGCACACAGCCACCUAAUUCACUCUGAUUGGGCUAAACUCCGUUCGUUUUCAACCGGCCUAACACCCCUUAGAGUGAGACAGAUAUUGUUGAAGAUUCAGAAGGACCAUGUUCUUUCCCUCGAGUUCUUCAAUUGGGUUCGGAUUGAGAAACCCACUUGCCACACCCUCGAAACCCAUUCCAUAAUCCUCCACAUUCUCACUAAAAACCGAAAAUUCAAAUCUGCGGAGUCUAUUUUGAGGGGUGUUCUUGUAUCUUGUUCGUUAGAUGUGCCCUCGCAUCUGUUUGAAGAAAUGCUGCACUCCUACCGGUUGUGUGAUUCUUCGCCUCGUGUUUUUGACUCACUUUUCAAGACAUUUGCACAUAUGAAAAAUUUUCGGUACGCUACCGAUACCUUUCGUCGAAUGAAGGAGUAUGGGUUUUUCCCUACUAUUGAGUCGUGCAAUGCAUACAUGAGCUCUCUGCUUGAUUUACAUAGGAUGGAUAUUGCUUUGGCAUUCUAUAGAGAACUGCGGCAUCAUCGGAUUUCACCGAAUGUUUAUACUCAUAAUAUGGUCAUGUGUGCUUACUGUAAAUUGGGAAAAUUAGAGAAGGCUGUUGAGGUGUUUAGGGAGAUGGAGAUCAUGGGUUGUAGACCGAAUAUUGCUUCUUACAACACUCUGAUUGCAGGCCAUUGCAAUAACGGUCUUUUGAGCUCUGCAAUAAAGCUUAAAAGCUCAAUGGAGAAGAAUGGGGUGCACCCAAAUGUGGUUACCUAUAACACGCUUAUCAAUGGGUUCUGCAAGGAAGGGAAAUUGCACGAAGCCAAUAAGCUCUUUGUUGAGAUUAAAACCAUGAAUUUUGCUCCUAAUACUGUGACAUACAAUACCCUGAUAAAUGGGUACAGCCAAUUGGGCAAUAGUGAAAUGGGUAGCAGGCUUUACGAGGAGAUGUUGAAGAAUCAAGUUAAAACCGAUAUCUUGACUUACAAUGCAUUGAUUUUGGGACUAUGCAAGGAGGGUAAGGCAAAGAAAGCGGCCUUUCUGGUUAAGGAACUUGAGAAGGAGAACUUAGUGCCAAAUGCAUCAACCUUUUCUGCCCUUAUUAGCGGUCAAUGUGUGAGGAAGAACUCUGAGCGUGCCUUUCAGAUAUAUAAAAGCAUGAUUAGGAGUGGUUGCCAUCCAAAUGAACAUACUUUCAACAUGUUGGUAUCGACCUUCUGCAAGAACGAGGAUUUUGAUGGAGCAGUCCAAAUCUUGAGGGAAAUGCUUGAGAGAUGCAUGGCUCCUGAUUCAGGCACCUUAUCUGAGGUUUGCUGUGGACUUAGGCUGUGUGGAAGAAGUCAAUUGGCAAAGACGUUAUGCAGUGAGAUGGAAGCCAGACAUCUUAUGCCGGCAGGCUUUGAUAGAUCCAAAAUUAUCAACUUUGGUACAUAGAACGAGAGGAAAGCAUUUGGGCCUAAACUUGAAUUUACUGGAGAUUUCCUCGUAAUUUAUAUGUUUUUGUGGUUUUUUAAAUUGACCUCUUUCAGUACCUGUCUCCUUUUUACUUUUAAAUCUUAUGUUUUAGGUGGAAACGCAUGUUUUCUAUUGAGAAUAAAACUAAAGCAAAUUGUACAAACAUAUCUUGUUUUCUGGAU